AUGUUAACAGGAUGGGACAAACCUCGUUUGUCCAUCUUCACUUCCAUAGAAAGGGGUUCCAGUGUGCCCUCUUUGUUCUUCCCCAGUCCCUCUCCUGGUUUCCAUCCCAUCUUCUCCAAGAGUCUCCGACCAGCAACACAGUCAGAUGGGGCAGCAGACACCAACUGGUCCUUCAGUGGGAUUCAUAUUCAAGGCUUCAACAUCAUGGGGAUUUUCUUGGAGACGGCGAAUGGCAUUCAGGCGCUGGGAUACAAUAUCACUAAUCACCUUUGUCUGCAACAAAGAAGUUCUUCAGUGAAGGAGGUUUUUUUCCAUGCCACUAGGAGGCGCUGCAUGCUGAUAGAGGGUGAUGAUGUCGGCAGCAGUGCCACCUACCUACUUGAUUGCCAUGUGGGACCUCCCGGUGUCAUGAACAUGUAUCUGGUUCGGGUGGAAUCAGGGGAGCUGCAGGCAGACGAACACCAGCAGCGAAUUGUCAAGCAACUGCAUCAUCUUCAGUCUCAGGUGGAGCAUCUUCAUAACUCCAGACUCAGAAAGCGUGGAGGAGUUUGGCAUUGGCUUUUCCCACCAUCUCGCAAAAUGCACAUGGCUUUCAUAUUUGAUAUGAUAACGCCGUGUGCGUGUCACGCGCGACUGACGCAAUACAAAUUGCGCGCGUUAUGUGAGCAAGGGGAUGCGAAAAAGGCGCGAAUCAUGAGGAUCGUCCAUAUCAAGAUGGCGGCGCAGCGAUUGAGUCUGGAAGAGAAGGUGGAUUGUGUGAGGUUGUACUCAGCGACCAACAAUUACUCAGAAGUGAAACGUCGUAUGGCAGCUAAGUUUGGGACACCAGGACCUUCGUUGAUAACGAUUAAGAACGUAAACAAGAAGUUUGAUGAAACUGGCAGCGUUGAAGAGCGUAAACGCAGUAGACCCAAGACCGUUGCUACUGACGCCAACAAAGUGCGCCUGCAAAAUGAGUUGGCCAGUUCUCAAGAAAAGGACAAGUCGCAAAGGCGGCUAUCUGCUCGGUUAGACAUUUCUCGUACAAGUAUUCAAAGAAUCCUGAAGGAUCUGAAACUGAGGUCAUAUCAUCCUCGCUUAACAAAUCACUUGCUCGAAGAUGAUUCCGACAGGCGAUUGGAGUUUGCCGAAACUUGGCUUGCAAUGCUGGAGCACGAUCCUGAGUUAGCACGCCAUGUGGAAUGGAGUGAUGAGGCAAAAUUUCACGUCUCAGGAUAUGUGAACCGCCACAACUGCGUGUAUUGGCGUGCAACCAAUCCACACAUUGAAUUGGAGGUGGACAACCAGAGCCCUGGUGUCAUGGUGUGGGCCGGCGCCUGUGACAACGUGAAGUUGCGACUGGAAGCUUGCAUCGCCAUGGAGGGCCGCAUGGUGGACCACUCCAUGGAAAACAGAGUGAAUGAGGAAGAUGUACAUGGUCUUUACAUAUAUGGAGCUGUUGGAGGUGGGAAGACUAUGCUGAUGGAUCUCUUCUAUACAGCAGUUGGGUUCCAAGAGAAGAGACGGGUUCAUUUCCAUGAGUUUAUGCUUGAGAUUCAUUCACACAUCCAUCGGGUCAAAAAGGAGGUGUUUGCCAGAGGUUCAAAAUCCUAUGAUCCUAUCCCACAUGUUGCCAAGGCCAUCACAGACCAGGCUUGGAUCCUCUGCUUUGAUGAGUUCCAGUUGGCAGCUCAACUUAUGAAUGAGGAAGAUGUACAUGGUCUUUACAUAUAUGGAGCUGUUGGAGGUGGGAAGACUAUGCUGAUGGAUCUCUUCUAUACAGCAGUUGGGUUCCAAGAGAAGAGACGGGUUCAUUUCCAUGAGUUUAUGCUUGAGAUUCAUUCACACAUCCAUCGGGUCAAAAAGGAGGUGUUUGCCAGAGGUUCAAAAUCCUAUGAUCCUAUCCCACAUGUUGCCAAGGCCAUCACAGACCAGGCUUGGAUCCUCUGCUUUGAUGAGUUCCAG